AUGGCUAACGGUGACCCCAAGAAACCAAAGGGCAAGAUGUCUGCUUAUGACUUCUUCGUGCAGACAUGCAGGGAAAAACAUAAGAAGAAAAACCCGGAGGUUCCAGUCAAUUUUGCGGAGUUUUCCAAGAAGUGCUCUGAGAGAUGGAAGACAAUGUCUAGCAAAGAGAAAUCGAAGUUUGAUGAAACGGCAAAGGCGGAUAAAGUACGCUAUGAUCGGGAGAUGAAAGUUUAUGGACCAGCUAACGGAGGCAAGAAGAAGAAGAAGGACCCGAAUGCCCCCAAAAGACCUCUGUCUGGAUUUUUCUUAUUCUGCUCCGAAUUCUGCCCCAAGAUCAAAUCCACAAACCCUGGUAUCUCCAGCGGAGAUGUGGCAAAAAAACUGGGUGAGAUGUGGAAUAACUUAAGUGACAGUGAAAAGCAGCCUUACCUUACCAACGCAGCAGAGCUGAAGGAGAAGUGUGAGAAGGGUGUUGCUGACUGUAAGUCUAAAGGGAAGUUUGAUGGCGCCAAGGGUCCUGCUAAAGUUACCAGAAAAAAGGUGGAAGAAGAAGAGGAGGAGGAGGAAGAAGAGGAAGAGGGGGAAGAUGAAUAAAAACUCUGUCUCCUUUUAAAUACCUUAGUGUAGGAG